AUUUAUUCUUUUAUUUACCCAAAUACUCACAUUAAGAAAUAUAAUCAAAUAAUUGGACAUUUAAAUCAGCACCUUUGUAUGAUUUUGCUUAAUGAUUAAACUAAAAAGAUCUGAUUCCUAUUACCAGAUAAAAUCCCUGUAUUUUGUAAAACUUAAAACAUUUUCCAGUGAGCAGAAGAAGCCAAAAGGCCCUAAGUCACAGUUUAAUCCAAUUCAGUCUAUCGAUGCAUUGCUUAAUAUGCAACAGGAUCUGUGUGAAGUGUGCUAGUUGUGAAAUGUCUUAUUUAUUCACUAGUAAGGACAUAUUAGUGGUUAUCUUUAGUCCACCAGCAAGUGUCCCUGACAUGCCACUAAUGCCACAGCUCAUUUAGUAUCUCUCUACCUUGUCUCUGUGCUUCACACCAGCUGUAUUUUUAGCCCUCCUCUCCUGAGCAGAUAAUCACAGGAAGAGGGUCUGUCACCUGUCUUGUGUCCUGUAGUGAGCUGUGCUUAAGAUAAAUGUGUGAAACCAGCCUGUUGUGCAUUUAAAUGUUGAAUAUUAGGCUCCUCCGGGGUAACCUUGACUUAUUUCAUAAGAUUCAGAGAGCUGUUUAUGGAAAACAGAUGCAGAGAGAAUUGUUAUUUGAAGGUGACUGGCACUGAAGUAAAUAGUCUGAAGCCCCAGCUAGAUCUUCCAAGAUUCAAGAACUUUAUUGUCAGUACAACAAUAUACACAGUAUACAGCGUACCUAAAUGCUCAAAUCCUUCACUUCAAUCCAGCAAUUGUUCCCUUUUUAAAAGUGUCAUAUUUCCAAGUGCUGGGGAAAUUCCUUUAUGACUGAUGUGGAGCAUCUGUUUUAACACAACAUUUGGCAGCUUGUAAAACUCCUCUCUCCUCAUUAUCAGCAAUCUUUUCUUCUUUUUUUUUUUAUCAGCAAUAUAAACAAAAAGCCUGUCGUGUCGCUCAAUAGGAGGAACCGGGAUGUGCAGAAUGUGCAGAUGGAUGGAUGAAAAAAAGGAAUAUUGUGUUACACUUUAAUAAGCUACAUGUUGCUAACAUUUGUAACUCGGCCAGCACCAAAAGGCCACAUCUGCAGUCAGCUUCGUCUUGUGUAAAUCCCGUGGCAACUGUCCCAGCAAGCACCUGGCUCCGAGCCGUCGACCUCUGACCGCAAGCCAGCAGCUGAGGAAGGAGACGAGCGAGAGAGGGGGAACAAAUGGCAAUGAUAAUAAAAAACAAGCCCGUGAGGAGUCUCGUGUUGAGACUGUGGUGCUGAAUCAGACACAGUGGCUGGUUAGUUAGUUAGUCUGUAAGGUGGGGGGAGAGUUGACAGUGAUAUCUAACAGAUGCAUUUUCUUCGCUCAACAUCGCUUUUAUAUCUCGGAGGAGGGUCCGAGCAGCUAGAUUGUCGUUUCUUCUGAUAAGUAGGACAGAGUGCAGGUGCAAGUUGUGUCAACAUAUUUGGAAACAUGUUCCAGCUCCAGUGCGAGAGUUAAGAACGGCCUCAGAGUUGGACGGCGCCUCAAUACCUAUCUUUCAGCUCUGGUUCAAACUUAAAUAUUUCUCUUGAAUUACGAGUAAGAGCUGCAGAUGAAUCAUCUCCAUCAACUUUUCCUCAUUCAGUAAUUAUCAGGGUGAAGCCUGCUUUAAUGUCAAAUCUGGUUUGUUGAGAGUGCACACUUUAUUAAAAAUCCUCCUCCAAACCAACAGAGAGUGGUCAAAUGAAAUCCUCCAAGCCAACAAGAGUCUGCCUGACAACCAUUUCCUUGCUUAUACAACCAGUUUCUCCUUCAUCUCAAACCUUGCGUCAACAAAUCUGAAUGUUUCAAACCUCUCAGUACAACAGCCAGCAGAGCUAUGCCAGCCAUUAUGAGCUGGCGUGGGAUAGAGUUUCUUUUUAAUCGUGACUCCUUUAAAUCCUGAAGGCAGCUGACACACUUGUGGCAUUUUGCUUGUAAGGUAACUCAGGGUAUCCUCUGAUCCGGUGAUUAAGUGAAAGUAUCAGUGCUCUAAUAGAAAUAUUCCCAGUUACUGUGGGGGAAUCCUCACAAAUGUGAGGAUUUUCCAGGAUUGUCUUCCAGAAUAAAUGUUCUUAGAUUUGUGAAGUCGUAUCCGAAAGCCAAGACAAAAUAAUUUCAACUGAACAUUGUGCUGCAGCAUUAUUGUACAUCUUUAAAUGAGGACUGUCCACCAUCAGAAUGAACAUACGGGCUCUAUACAUUAUCUUCAUGAUCAGCACAAACUUUCAUGGGGUUGAAACAUAUCAUGUCACAUGUGUCUGAAGUAUUAAGAUGGAAAAGUUUAGAGUACGAACAGCUCCAAUAGUAAGAAUCUGCCACUCAGUGUUACUGUUGCGAUGAGGUCCUUGGAAAACUUUCCCUCCUGUAAGAACUCCCUGUCUCCUGAAAGUCUGAGAAGGCCCGUCACAGAUAUCUCAUCUGUUUAUACAAGAACUGUUGUGUUAAAUGCUUCAGCUGGAAGUCCUAACACAAGAUAUAAAGCAAUAAAUCAGAAAGUUUAAAUACAUAUAUAACGGUACAGAAGGCGGCAUAUAUACAACAUAUAUAUAGACAGUCAGUGUGAAGAGGUGAGGCUGCACAGACUGUGUUUCUUAGUCUCCUGGUGUGUGACACGUGGACUCAUAUCUCCUGCCAGACGUUGUCAGGGAGUGCAGACUGUCAUGUUGAUGUGGUGGGAUCUUUAACACUAUUGAAUCACUGAUGCAUCUCGGCCUUCCUGAAGCAUGGCUGGGUCCAAAACGAGGCGGCGGUAGGUUUAUAGUAUAAAGCAAGCUCAACAUCAGAAAUUCAAGUGUAAGCAGUAUAAGUAUGCUGUAGUCUGACAGCUGGGUAAAUGUGUUCACUUUGUUGUUUUUUCUGUUGUGUGGUCAUGAUGUAGUAAGAUCAGCGAAGCACUUCACUCGCACCCAACCCAAACAUUGAUGUCAUUAUUGUGCUUGUGAAGUCCUCUGUUUCUUAAAAGGCAACUGAGCCACUCCACACAACACAAAGAGAAGUAGAUGUUCAUGAAAAUGUCUCUGAGGUAAUAAACCCGUGUCUGUCAGGGCCGAUAUUCUCGGAGGCGACAUUUAGCACGAUGCACCCUCAGCAGGAGCACGCACAUUCAUAAAUACUUAAUCCUGGGGGGGAAGCUCCGUACGCUUUCUGUGUUCAUGAGUAGGUUAGAGGGGCCCUCUGGGCUCUUUGUGGGAGCAACAAGGUGACUGACAGUUACAGAUGUCCACAGCUGGUGUGGAACACCUCCCCCACCCACAGCCACCCCCCACCCCCGGUCACUUUUCCUCUAGCAAUCAUUUGAUGAUUGGUGGAUGGGUAGAACUUAUGGUGCGGUGGGCGGGUGGUCAGCUGGCAUUAAAAAUGCGGCAGUUGUUAGACAAUGCAUCAGAGAUCGAGGAAUGCAGUAAGGGGGGGGCCCCCACUCAGGAGGCUGCCCCAGGCAGCGCAGACCCUGCCCUGCCUCAGGUCUAUGCCCCGCCUCCCUCUUACCCCCCACCAGGUCAAGGUCCCCCAACAUCCGCCAGCAGACUGGCAACUCUCGACUUUAGCUCUGCACAUCCGAGCUCAGAGUACCAGGAACAUCCCCAGCUCAGAGUCUAUCAGGGCCCUCAGCACGAUGGGGGCGACUCUCUGACAUCUGGCAACACGGAGGACUCUUUGGUCCCCGUGACCUCUGACCCCCAGUCUCUCAGUGUGUCCGUGUCAUCGGGGGGCGGGGCAGGAAGCGGUAGCGAGGAAGAGGGGUCAGGUAAAACCCAACCGAAACGCCUCCAUGUCUCGAACAUCCCCUUUCGCUUUAGAGACCCAGACCUCCGCCAGAUGUUUGGGCAAUUUGGCAAGAUCCUCGAUGUAGAGAUUAUCUUCAAUGAGAGGGGGUCAAAGGGCUUUGGAUUCGUCACUUUCGAGAAUGCUACCGAGGCUGACAGAGCAAGAGAAAAGCUGAACGGGACAAUCGUGGAAGGGAGGAAGAUCGAGGUUAAUAAUGCCACUGCACGAGUAGUUACCAAGAAACCCCAAGCGCCUCUCGUGAACGGUGAAAUCUCAACUUCCGGUUGGAAGAUCAACCCAGUCAUGGGGGCCAUGUACGCACCUGAGCUCUAUACAGUUGCCAGUUUUCCGUACCCUGUAGCGACUCCUACGCUGGCCUACCGCGGUUCAGCGCUGCGUGGUCGGGGUCGAGCUGUCUACAACACAAUUCGCUCCACUGCAACCACACCUGCUGCUGUCCCCACCUACCCUGGGGUUGUGUAUCAGGAUGGACUGUAUGGAGCAGAAGUCUAUGGCGGAUACCCUGCAGCAUACAGAGUGGCUCAGUCAGCAUCUGCUGCCACAGCGACCUACAGUGAUGGAUAUGGACGGGUUUACGCUCCAGAGGCCUAUCACCACUCAGUCGGACCAACAACAUAUGGGGUCGGUACAAUGGCCAGUUUGUACAGAGGUGGAUACAACCGCUUCACCCCCUACUGAGGCCCGGUGAAGGGCGGGGUCGUCGGGCAUCUCUGUUGAACUUUGGGACACUGCAGGGCAGAUUACAAUAAUCCUUAAAAACAACCUCGGAAAUGUGGCACACGUGGUGUCACCUGCUGUCUCCACCACAAUCUCUCCUCGGGAGACUAAACAGACUGAAGGUUAAAAUACUGUAGGACCCACUUACCAUCUGCUCUGCUGGAGAAUACGUAGGAGACGCUGUCGCUUGAAACCUUUUAAUGCUUUGCUUUUUUUUUUUUUUUUUUU